UUCCAGCUCCUUUCAUGUUGUUUUUCAAUUUUCAAAGAUAUUUUCUUUUUUCCACUCACACCCUGUAAUACGUCAAGCUCCAACAUUCCUAUCAGCAGCACCCAACUCAACCCCACUUUGCACUCACACCAUGGAGCUUAACAGGGAUGAUCACCUAGACGUUGAAGAUUUUCUAGUUCUACCUCACCUUGAAACUCACAAGGAACCUGCCGCUACUUGUUCUUCUCUUAAAGCUAAACCCUCCGUCACUCUUUCUCCAGUCAAUGGCAGCUGCCGGGACCUUCCAAGCAAUACCUUAUGUGUAGAUUAUAUGUUGCAACAAAAUUAUGAGGGUUAUGUUGUGGAGAGAAUGGAGGGGGAGGAUGCGGGGAAGUUUAAAGUUGCAUUCAGAACCAGGUCUUGUCUUGAGAUAAUGGAUGAUGGGUACAGAUGGAGAAAAUAUGGGAAGAAGAAGAUUAAGAAUAACCCUAACCCAAGGCACUAUUACCGGUGCUCAAGGGAAGGAUGCAAGGUGAAGAAAAGGGUGGAAAGGGAAAGAGAAGAUGAGCAGUUUGUGAUAACAACCUACGAGGGGAAGCAUAACCAUGAAAACCCAGCUGCUGCAACCUCUCUACCUCCGCAUCAGAAUCCCCUACGCUACCAUUAAUGCCUUCAAACCUUUAUUCUUCUGCACUUCACACACCCUUCCAGUAUUCUUCAUCAACCCUAAUAAACUAUAUAUGACUAGAAUUAAUAUUGCUAAUCCGUACAUGCACUUGUUUAAUCCA